AUGGCUACCACCUCGCACAUGUUUAUGUACUCUGCGACGAUCCAAGCACCAACUGCUAUUACCCAGGCUAUCCUUGGUCAAUUUGCAGGAACCAAGGAGCAACAGAUCGUCACCGCGUCAGGCUCAAGUUUGACCAUUCACCGGCCUGACUCGGCUCAGGGAAAAAUCACACCCAUCUUCUCUACAAAUGUCUUUGGCAUUGUUCGCUCCUUAGCAGCUUUCCGAUUGGCUGGUAGCAACAAAGAUUACAUUGUCAUUGGCUCAGACUCGGGUCGAAUCGCUAUUGUUGAAUAUGUUCCCGCCCAGAACCGCUUCGCGCGCCUCCACUUGGAGACAUUUGGAAAGUCUGGAGUGCGUCGCGUUGUUCCCGGACAGUAUCUUGCAGUGGAUCCGAAAGGACGUGCUUGCUUGAUCGCUUCCGUGGAAAAGAACAAGCUGGUCUAUGUUCUUAAUCGCAACUCGCAGGCGGAGCUCACCAUCUCCUCGCCGCUUGAAGCCCACAAGGCACAGACCUUGGUGUUCGCCAUGAUCUCCCUGGACGUUGGCUAUGAAAACCCUGUGUUCGCUGCCCUCGAAGUGGAUUACUCGGAAGCCGACCAGGAUCCCACUGGCCAAGCCUACGAAGAACUCGAGAAGGUUUUGGUUUAUUACGAACUUGAUCUUGGUCUCAACCACGUUAUUCGCAAAUGGUCCGACCCCGUCGAUCGCACGGCUUCCCUCCUCUUCCAGGUACCCGGUGGCGCUGAUGGCCCCAGUGGUGUCUUGGUGUGUGCGAAGGACAACAUCACUUACCGUCACUCCAACCAGGAUGCGUUCCGUGUUCCAAUUCCCCGCCGCAGUGGACCCACUGAAAACCCCGAGCGCAAGCGGUCCAUCGUCGCUGGUGUCAUGCACAAGAUGAGAGGAGCUUUCUUCUUCCUUCUCCAGUCCGAGGACGGUGACCUUUUCAAGCUGACACUGGACAUGGUCGAAGAUGACAAUGGGCAACCAACUGGAGAAGUAAAGAGCUUGAAGAUCAAAUACUUUGACACUGUUCCUGUUGCAACACACCUUCUCAUCCUCAAGAGCGGGUUCCUUUAUGUUGCCAGUGAAGCUGGAAACCAUAAUUUCUAUCAGUUCGAAAAGCUCGGUGAUGACGAUGAUGAGACUGAGUUUUCAAGUGACAAUUUCUCAGCCGAUCCUUCCGCGCCGUGUGCUCCCAUUUACUUCCACCCGAGAGGAGCGGAGAAUGUCAAUCUUAUGGAGAGCAUGAACUCUUUGACCCCUCUUAUCGAUAGUAAAAUUUCCAACCUCACCGAAGAUGAUGCUCCUCAAAUAUACACAAUCUGUGGCUCUGGAGCUCGCAGUUCUUUCCGCACCCUCAAGCAUGGGCUCGAGGUCUCCGAAAUUGUCGAAUCCGACCUUCAGCAGGUGCCAUCCGCUGUUUGGACUACUAAGUUGACUCGUGCUGACGAGUUCCACACUUACAUUAUCCUUUCUUUUGCCAACGGUACCCUUGUUUUGAGCAUCGGAGAGAUCGUUGAAGAAGUUUCGGACACUGGAUUCCUGUCCACAGCGCCUACCCUGGCCGUACAGCAACUUGGUGAGGAUUCGUUGCUCCAAGUUCACCCUCGUGGAAUUCGCCAUAUCCUCGCGGACCGGCGAGUCAACGAAUGGCCUGCUCCUCAGCAUCGAUCUAUCGUUGCGGCAGCCACCAAUGAACGUCAAGUCGCCGUGGCACUCAGCUCCGGUGAGAUCGUCUACUUUGAACUGGAUGCCGAUGGAACCUUGGCCGAAUAUGACGAGCGACGACAGAUGUCUGGUACAGUCACUUCACUCAGUCUAGGCGAGGUUCCAGAGGGUCGUGUCCGAAGCUCCUUCCUGGCUGUCGGAUGUGAUGACUCGACUGUCCGUAUUCUCAGCCUUGACCCUGACUCGACCCUUGAAAAUAAGUCAGUCCAGGCCCUGUCGGCUGCACCCUCUGCUCUUCAGAUUAUGGCCAUGUCCGAUUCGAGCUCGGGAGGCAAGACUCUCUAUCUGCAUAUCGGCCUUUACUCCGGAGUCUACCUUCGCACUGUUUUGGACGAAGUCACCGGCGAGCUUUCAGAUACCCGAACUCGUUUCAUUGGUGCCAAGCCCGUGAAGCUGUCUCAAGUGUCCGUCAAGGGCCAGACAGCUGUCCUUGCUUUGAGCGCUCGUCCUUGGCUCGGAUACUCUGAUGUCCAAACCAAGAGCUUUAUGCUCACUCCCCUGGACUACGUUGGUCUUGAGUGGGGAUGGAACUUCUCCAGUGAGCAAUGUGAAGAGGGAAUGAUCGGUAUUCAAGGCCGAAACCUACGUAUUUUCUCUGUCGAGAAACUCGACAACAACAUGCUCCAGGAGUCAAUUCCCCUCGCUUACACGCCUCGACGCUUUGUUAAGCACCCCGAACAACCCCUUUUCUACGUCAUUGAAUCCGACAACAAUGUCCUCUCCCCCGCUACCCGUCAGAGACUGGUUGAAGAUUCCCAGGCUCGCAAUGGUGAGGUUGCAGACCUUCCUCCCGCCGACUUCGGAUAUCCUCGAGGAGACGGGCACUGGGCUUCAUGUGUUCAGAUUGUUGACCCAGUUUCAACCAAAUCUGUCGUCUUUACGCUGGACCUUGAGGAUAACGAGGCAGCAGUCAGUCUCGCCGCUGUAUCCUUCUCCAGCCAGGAUGAUGAAACAUUCCUGGUCGUGGGAACUGCCAAGGACAUGACUGUCAGCCCUCCCUCCUGCAAGGGCGGUUUCAUCCACAUUUAUCGCUUCCAAGAUGAUGGUCGCGAUUUGGAGUUCAUCCACAAGACCGCAGUUGAAGAGCCGCCCCUCGCUCUUCUAGGCUUCCAAGGCCGCCUGUUGGCCGGUGUCGGUCCUAGCCUCCGUGUCUAUGACCUCGGUAUGAAACAACUGCUUCGCAAAUGCCAGAAGGAUGUCGUGCCCAAGACCAUUGUUGGUCUUCAAACGCAAGGAAGCCGCAUUGUCGUUAGCGAUGUUCGCGAUAGUGUCACCUACGUUGUCUACAAAUACCAGGACAACGUCCUCAUACCUUUCGCCGAUGAUUCCAUUGCACGCUGGACAUCAGCUACUACCAUGGUGGACUACGAGACUACCGCAGGUGGUGACAAGUUCGGUAACCUAUGGUUGCUGCGUUGCCCUCCCAAGGCCUCGGAAGAAGCCGACGAGGAUGGAUCUGGUGCGCAUCUUCAGCAUGAGAAGGGCUACCUUCAUGGAACCCCCCACCGCCUCGAGUUGAUGAUCCACUACUACGCCCAAGACAUUCCUACCAGCCUUCACAAGACACAGCUGGUUCCUGGAGGUCGCGACGUCGUUGUUUGGACCGGUCUACAUGGCACCAUCGGAAUGUUCAUUCCUUUCGCUAGCCGUGAAGAUGUCGACUUCUUCCAGUUGCUGGAGACACAAAUGGCUACCACACAGCCCCCUCUCGCUGGACGGGACCAUCUGAUGUACCGCGGAUACUAUGCGCCUGUUAAGGGCGUCAUUGACGGAGAUCUCUGCGAGAUGUAUCUCUUGUUGCCUAAUGACACGAAGAUGAUGAUUGCAGCGGAACUUGAUCGCUCAGUUCGUGAAAUCGAGCGCAAGAUUUCGGAUAUGCGAACACGGGUGGCGUAUUGA